GAAGGUACGAAUUUCGUAAUGUUGCGAGAAAGAAACAGAAACGGUUUGUGGCAGAUGUACUGGGCAAGCUUGCAUUUGUUUCGCUGCUCACAUCACAGAUGCUAGUCGUGGUGCGAAAUAAAUUCGCAUCGUGGAUAUGAAUAUUCUCAUGGAAAUGUAGCUUACAAACUGGGACGGGGUUUUCCUACUCAGUAUAAGGCGACAGCCAUUGCCCACUCUGUAGAACACUUCCGUCAAGAGGAAGAAAGCUGCAUCUAUGAUUUCAACACGAAAGGAGAUAUUAGAAGUAUCACCCAUAACCAUCACAUUACUUCUACUGCUCCCAACGACGGUGUUACUAAAAGACAAUGCAGUUGUAAUAAAGGGGACACGAGGCGCACAGCCCGACAUAAAAAAGUUCUUCAACACUUCUGAAACGACGUGGACCUUUAGCACGACCGAGCGCUCUCAGAUAGAGUGCAAGAUGGACGUGACGCUCAGUAUGAACGACACUUUCGUGGAGUUUCAAACAGCCUUUUCGAUAAAAGGCUUCAGGGCAAACGUGACGAAUUUUGGGCACUUUGAAAAGUUGGACGUCAAGGAGGAAAACACAACCAAAUUUAACGCCAUCAUACUGUCAAACCCAGGUCGGAAACCUUACGGGCAAGAGCGUCUUUUGUUCCAAACACGGGAUAACAGCUGUGGCGUCUUUUCGGUGGUCAUAAAUAAUCCCCAUUAUCACUGGUAUGAAAUACGUGCAAGGAACUCAUCUUUAAGAAGAGUACAUCGGACGUGUGCGCUAUACUUCAUAAAAACGAUACGUGGAAAAGGCAAGAAAAGACAAGUCUACGUUAAGGAAUGUCAGCAAAUUUGUUAUCCCAGGCGGCAAGUGUGACGCAUUAUGGGAAGUUCACAAACUCGGAAGUACAGAAGAACAACUGUACCGCAUACAAUGCUGUC